AUGGAUGGUCGUAAAAGACUGAGUGGUGCAGCUUGCAGAAAGGCAAAACAAAUAAAGCAAGCAAAAAAUAAGGCUGUUCUUGAUAAAUGUAGAAAUAUUGAAGAUUUGUUUAAAGCUAAACGUCAAAAACAACGCAUUGAAGAGCAUCAUAACUCACCAAAGCAUCGAUCAAAUAUGUUACUUAUGAACGACCGUGGAAAGAGUAAAAAUGUUAUUAAUCAACAAUUGAUUCAACAGAUUGAAAAUGAGAGAACAUAUUGGAUAAAUGUUUUGAAAAGAGUUGUAGCCGUAGUAAAAUCCCUAUCUUGUAGAGGAUUACCAUUCCGUGGUCACGACUCUAAUAUAGGUAGUCCCCAUAAUGGCAAUUUUUUGAUGGGACUUGAACUAAUUUCCGAAUUUGAUCCAUUUCUAUCUGAUCAUUUAAAAAAAUAUGGUGGUUCAGGAAAGGGAAAAGUUUCAUAUAUUUCGUAUCAUACAUAUUAUGAACAGUUUAUUAUUAUUAUGUCAAACAAGGUAAAGAACAUAAUUAUACAAGAAAUUAAGAAUGCAAAAUACUUCUCUAUCAGUGUAGAUUCAACUCCAGACAUUAGUCAUAUUGAUCAAUUCUCAUUAAUUAUACGAUAUAUUGAUGAUAAUAGAAAACCAGUGGAAUGA